AUGAGGUCUAACUAUUCUUCCGGUGGAUAUAGAAGGAGACGAGUGUCCUUACGUUCAUGUCUGAUUCUGUGUGCCCUUUGUAUUGCUUUUUUGCUAUUGAUGCUCGCUCUGAGACCUGUUGGUGAUCCUCCCCUGGAUGUUGAUUUCCCCUCUCUUUCUCUUCGUGUCGUUGGCGGUGAGGCGGAUAUUCCGAAACCGGAUCGGAGUGCAGGAAACAGAGCUGGGGAGUCGCCGAAAAAGUGCGCCACGGUUGAAGAGAUGGGAGAGCUCUUUCACGGAGGGUUCUGGAAGGAAAGUCUCCGAGUCAGAACGAUUAUCCGGGAACACUUCGAUUUAAAUGGGGCCUCAAGAGUCCGAGUUCUUCCUCCAGAGCAGUUCUGCAGACAUGGUUUUGUGUUGGGGAAAUCAUCUGAAGCAGGUUUUGGGAAUGAAAUGUACAAGGUCCUAACUGCUGCAACAUUGAGCAUAAUGUUGAACCGGUCCUUGAUCAUCGGGCAAACCAGGGGUAAAUAUCCUUUUGGGGAUUACAUUUCUUACUCCAACCUCACCUUUACCUUGAAAGAAGUCAAGCAUUUAUGGAGACGCAACGGUUGUGAGAGGAUGUAUAGAAGGCAUCUGAUAAUGAGGACUGAUGAUUUUUUGAAGCCAUCUGAAACGAAUGUCCUCUGUAGCAAUUGGAGGAAAUGGAAACAACCAAUAAUCUGGUUCCAAGAUACCACAGAUGCUAUGGCAGCUCAAUUUUUCUUGAAGAACAUACACCCUGAGAUGAGGAAUGCUGCUUCUAAUUUAUUUGGACAGCCAGAACUUCUCCAAUCUCGGGCUAAUGUGUUUGGGGAGCUGAUGAGAGCUCUGAUAUCUCCUACAAAAGAUGUUGAGGAAGCAGUCAAUUGGGUAAUUGGCAGGGGGGUGGAUCCUGAUAUCUCAUUGCACAUGCGGAUGCUUACAAAUAGGUCUGUGAGAGCGGUAUGGGCAGCAUUGAAUUGUGUGAGAAAAGCCAUGCGCAUGCAACACCUCACGUCAAGACCAAAAGUGGUUUUAGUGUCAGAUAGCCCGUCUCUUAUAAAAGUUAUCACACCACAUUUGAGUGUAUUUGCGGAGGUACUUCAUUUUGAUUUUGAGCUUUUCAAAGGAAAUAUAUCCAGUGAUGAUAAAGGGUUGCAUAAUUUAGAUUUUAGAGUGAAGGAUUGGGGCCCCGCACCUAGAUGGGUUGCAUUUGUUGACUUCUUUCUUGCAUCACGUGCUAAGUAUGCUGUUAUCUCUGGGGCUCACAGGCGCGUUGGGACUACCUAUGCUCAGUUAGCAGCAGCGCUGGCUGCAGCAUACGGUCUUGGCGAUAAUUCUACUAGUUCAAGUUUUUCAUUCUUAAGCAGCUUCCAAGGUAAUUUGUUAACGGAAGGUUUGAGGCUUCAGGUUGGGUGGGGACAUGUCUGGAGCAGAUUUGCUGGUUUGUUGAGUUGUCGUCACCAGCCCAGUCAAUGUGCUUUCACACCGCUUCUGCCUCCAGCUUGGUGGGAUGGACUAUGGCAGUCCCCCAUUCCACGGGAUAUUCGAAGGUUGGCUGCAUAUGGUGUCCAAUUAUCGGGUUUUGGAACAAUUGAUGAAGAUUAUCUCCUGUCUUUCUGUAAGUCAAGAAAACCUGUCGUGAGAACCAUCCCAUUCGUACUGUAAUUGUUGAGUUGUAACUUUUAUUAUUAUUAUUAUUAAUUAUUAUUAUUUUUGUUUAGCCAUUGCAACUUUGACGAUGAGAAAUAGAAUUUCCACUUCACUAUUGAGGACCUAAA